GAUUAAGAUUUCUAAUUUUGAACUCUUGUCUCUCUAUUACGACGUCGCCGAACUCAUGUUCUCUCUUGUUAAACCCUAAAACCCUGCAAAGAGAGAAGAUAGAAUUCUGUUAAUGGCGGAAUCAAUAUCAGACAUGGAAGAUCAAGGAAUGGUGGAGGACGGAGGGAAUAUAGAUCUUGAGGUGGAAAAAUCCCCAUUGAUGGCUUUCAGACCUUCCCACGAUGCUAAACUUAGAGAAUUAUUGCAUAAGAUUUGUUUACAUGAGAUUAAGCUAUGCUCUGAUGCAUCAAAGGAAUUUAUUAAGUUACUAAAGGGAGAAACUGGCGGCGAUUUGUUGCGUCUUUAUUUCCAGAACUCACCAAACUUUGCUGAGCUUCUAGAGGCAUGGAAGCUUCGACAUGGAAAUCAAGGACUUUCCUAUAUAUUCUCACUUAUCCAGACGAUUUUGAGUCAUCCAGAGGGAAAAGGUAGAUCAACUGAUGUUGGAAGAGCUAUUGACCAGUUUGGUAGGUUACUUUUUGAAGAAAAACUGGAUGACAUUUGCAAAGAAUUGAAAAGCAAAGAGGUAAAAAAACAGAAUGCUGCCCUUUCAUUGUUGGCUUCGAUUGUUAGACGUGGUUCAGGUAUGGCAUCAGAAAUAGCUAAGAUAUUUGAUUUUAAGGGUUUCACAAAACUAGCAGAGUAUAGAACGCGAGGGGCUGAAAAGGCUAGAAAACACUCAACAAGGAAGGCCUGUGUGGACUUUGCCAUAUCAUUCAUUGAAGUUGGGAAGCCUGGAUUGCUAAGGUCAGUUUUACAGCAGAAAGAAAUGUAUUCUAAAGUCCUGCGAGGCCUUGGGGGAGACGAUGAAGACACUGUGGCUUCUGUCUUGUCUACGUUGAAGGAUAAGAUCCUUGUUGAAGAAUCAUUGAUUCUUCCUGGUCUAAGGAGUGUUCUUUUUGGAAGUGUGGUGUUAGGGGAGCUAGCCAGCAUUUCAGCAAGAGAGGAUGGUGGAAUUGUGAGUGAGUUGGCUCAUGAUGUUCUUGUUAAAGUUUGCACAGACCCCUCUAAUGGACUGAUGCCAGAUGCAGGGAGAAAUUUGGCAGGCAAUUCUAACAGACUACUAAUGCUCAUGAAAAAGUUGAGAGCAGCAGAAAUUGGUUAUCACAGAGAUUUGCUUUUAGCUAUUGUUAGGGGUAGACCUUCUUUAGCUUCGGCUUUCUUUGACGAGUUUCCGUACAAUGUGGAAGAUUUUGCAUCACCAUCCUGGUGUUCUUUUAUUUCCUUGGCAGCAGAUUUGGUAUCGGCAGUAAGAACUUCAUUUUCUUUUGACUUUCUCAAUCCAGACCAACAUGCUACACCUCAUGGUGGUUCAGAUGUUCAGACUAUUAUGAAAUGCAUAUGCCCUCGACCAUUUAGCCGGUCACUUGUCACUAAAGGGAUGCUCCAUUCUGAUUUUCUUGUGAAACAUGGGACCUUGAGAUUUCUCUUGGAGACUCUGAGGCUGUUGGAUUCUUUUGUUACCGCUUGGAACCAAUCUUCAUCUCAUAGAUGUUCUGUUGAGCAAAAUCAUGUUUCUCUCGAGCGGAACCUCAUGGGUGAGGUGAGAAGCUUUUAUCCAGAAUUCCAGGUGUUAUGGACUUUACUGAAGUCCUUAGGCGGUUCUAGUGCAACUCAAAAGCCGCCUUUGAAGAGAAAAUUAGAGUUGGAUGGUGGAAAAGUGAGCAGAAAAAAGCGCUUUAAGCAAUCUGAGAAGGAUGUUUUGGAAGAAGAAACUGGUGAUAUUGUCAUUGGUGGGGUUGUGGAUGCUCAUAUGACAAAUCAGGAAGAUGCUGAAAAAGAAUCUCUUGGGAUUGUUUCAGAAAUUUGGGCUUCAGAACUUUGUUCUAAGCCUAUUAAUUCGGUUGAAGAAGCAGAGAUGUGCUUUCACAUAAAGCUUCUGGAUGCCCUCAAGAUUUAUGUGUGUGGUGUACAUAAUGUGCUUGAAGGAGCGUUUGAUAUCUUCAUGAAAUUUCUGAGCAAUUCUUUAAGUUUGCCUGCUGAAUUGCAAAGAGCUUUCUUGUCUUUGCUAAAUGCGUACAUCAGUUGGACGCCAAAGGACCUAAGUGACAGAGGUCCUACUAGAUAUCCACCACUUAUGUACAAGCAUUUGCAUGUGUUCAUGAAUUUGUUACUUUUUGCACCACACAAGGAAGUGAAGGAUCUAGCGUACAAUUUAGCAAUGGCAGCUAUGAGCAGCAGUGGUGCAUUUGAAAAAAAUUCAAGUGAAAUUGGUGCAUGGUUCUUGUUUCUACCAAGUUUUGAUAAGAUUAAUCUUCCUCCUGAGGUUCAAGAGGCUGUACAGAGCAUGUCGUCAGUUGUCAUCUCCUUUUUAUGCGACGCAGUUAGAACUGUUGGAAAUAAUUUAUUCAAGCCCUGGGACAUUGUCAGAAGUUGCUUGUCCCAUUUAAAAGAUAUAGGUGUAUCAAUUGGAUUUAGCCCUCUAAUUGUUUGUGUACUGCAGAAGUGUGUGAGGCUAGUAAAUUCUGAAGCUAAAACGUAUUCGUUACCAAAGAAGUCAGCAAUAUCCCUGUACGUCUGCAGCACACUGAAAUAUCUUUUGCAAACUCAGGCAGAUUCCAGAUUACUCUCAUGUUUGAUCCAGUCAAUUUUGUCUGAGGUGGUUGAUGAAUCUAAGGUUUCUUUAUGUGAAUGGAGGCCAUUGAGAAUGUUACUUCUUUUCUCACAAUCCUUGUCAGACAAAAGAACUAUCAUCUUGCAUUCCAGAAGGACAAUGAGUCUACUUGCUGACAGUUCUUUUUCAGAGACUCUUGAUGAGAUCAAAGGACUGGUGAGAAGCAUUUCUCCAGAUGAAACUACAGGAAUAGUUAAAGCGUUUUCUUCUGCAUUGAUAUGUGCAACACCUGAAUCGAUCUUGCAAAAUUUUGCUCCUGUGAUGGCUGUUUCUUGGGCUUUUUACGGAAUAUCAUUCUCAUUUUUACAGUCCAUCUUCUUUUUAGAGGAAAACUUCCUCGGAAACCUUUCAAAGCUAUCACUUGACUUGUUUGUGCGAGGUUCAGAUAUUACUGGGUCAAGGAAUCUUUGGGAAGGAACAGUAGAUAGUGAGAUUGAUUUUUCUUGCCACUCAUCCAUAGCUGAAGAAAUCAGAAGUAAGAUGGAUAUUCGUGAUAUUGAAUCUUCUGCCUUCUCGAUGUUAAUAGAGCAUGCUCCUUUUCCUAUAUUACUUACUGCCAUUAUGAGCAUGGAUAUAUCUUGCUUACCAGUGUUUCCAAGAAUUUCAGAGCUACUGUUGCUUAAAGUUUUGCAGCCUAAAAGUGGUAGUAUUGACUCAAAUAUCCAAGUAAUACUGUUCUGGCUCUUUCAAAUACGAUCAUCUUACAAGGUUCAACCAGCUCCAGUACUCUGCCAACUCUCUGAGAUCUGCUUACGUCUCAUGAAGCACUUAUUCUCUCAAAUAUCAGAAAUGAAGCUUGUUUCUGGACCAUCUUCAAAUAAGUUGCUUGCUUCAUUUGCAAAGCAGAAGCAUCAAGUGGCCCAGACAGUUCUUUGCCACCCAGUUGUGAUGGCACUGUUAGAGAGUCCCUUGGAUUGUUCAUCACGUCAAGUACAGAAUGUUGAGAUUUUUUCAGAAAAUUCGCUGACAACGGAGAGGCUAGUUUUUAGUGAAAUAGAUCAACACAUCCUUGAUCUAUUGGUUUCUACGUGUGACUUUUUGUUUGAUGAGAAACACAAUGUGUGGAAAUGGGAUGUCAGGGAAAAUAACUCCACUAUAGCUUAUAAGGACUUCGUUGAAAGGCUUCUCUUGGAAUUCAGGGUCAAGUUUGAGCUUUGUGUUGAUUCUCAAAAUUACGCUUCUCUUCUCCAACUAUCACAAUUAAUUCAUGCUUUGUUGAGGUUCAUAUCACCUUUUCAACUUUUAAAUGUUGCUCAUUCCAUGCUGAGUAAAAUUGAUGAGAAAGAAUCGGCUAGCCAAAAUUCAAGUAAGAUUCUUAGUUUGGGAUUGGGUAUUGCUGGCGGAGCUUUUGAAAUGCUUAUAUUUUACUCACACCAGCCGACUGCUACGAGAGGGGUAUAUGAUUUGCUGUGGGAAUUAGAAGAAAAUAAUUAUGACAGUAACCUCAUUGAGAAAGUAUAUAGCAUGGCAUGCAAAUUUUCUACCUCUUCUGGUUUGGAUUCAGCAGCAGAUAUUUGUUUGCUUAAGGUUUGUGGUGGCAUUUCCAGGGGGAAGCAUUAUAAAAAUUGUAGUGUUCACCGGUUGGUCUUGAUAAUUUCACUGAUUGUUGGUAGAACCCCUGAAGACUUGAUUAUCCAUUGCAUUAAACAGGCAAACAUAACCAGAGCCAAGAUACUGUUCUAUCUUGUGGAGUCCAGUCCCUUGCAUCGUUUAGUCUUUGGAAACUUUUUCUGUAGUAUGCUAAGUAAGAAGCAGGAUGACACUGCUCUUAGAGAUGAUCAGUUUAUCAUGCUUCUGCCUGCUGUUCUAUCGUAUCUGACAUCACUUUCUGCAAAAUUUGAGAAGCCGUGUAAUAGAUGUUUGGAUAUAACUUCAGUUUAUUCAAAUAUACUAAUAAAUGGUUUUCUUCAGUGGCCACAGUUUUUGUCUAGGUCCAUCUUUGAAGAGAAGUAUGAAGAGAUUCUUCUGUCAACGACUGAGGAUAUUGACACUAUGUUUAAUGCAAGUCUUCUUGGGAAGGCAGUACGUAUGUUUCAGUAUCACUUUUCCUUGACUGAAAGUCCAACUAAAGAAGAUGAUCUCUUUAAGUUAUUUAAUUCCAUCUUUCCCCACACUAGUGCUAGGAAGGAGAUGUUGGAUUACGAGAUAAAGGAAGUGGACGUUCAGUCAGUAGACCAAAUGUUCAAUGUUGCUAUACGUGUGGUUGCAAAAGUAACACUUUCAAUGAUUUGUUUGUUUCCUGAGGAUAGCAGUAUGUGUCAUCUUAAACGUGAAGCAGGUGCUUCCCUGAAGGAAAGAUCUCCUAAAUUUAGAUCCAAUAGAGCGGUUUUAUCAAAGCCGUUACUAGAUGCUUUAGUUAAUUGUUGGCAGUGUGUUGUCAAGAAAUCUGAUGGGUCUUUUACAGGGAAUUCUGAAGGAAAACAAGAAAAAUAUUGGUACUUGUGCAAAAGCCUUGAAAACUUCAUUUUGAGAAGUAUUCUACAGUUUUUAGAAAACAUGUGUGAGGAGGUUGUUCAAUUGGAUUCCCUUCCCUUCCUGGAGAGACUGAUGAAAUCAAUUCUUCUGUAUAGAUUUGAGGACUCGAAGACACUGAAGAUACUGAGAGAAAUUUUCUCCUUGUUGUCUAGAGGGAAGUACUCGUAUGCACCAUAUAUCCAACUCUUAAUAUCUCACUCUCAGUUUACACCAACCAUCAGUUCUCUCUCCAUAUCACCCUCACAUACUGGUGAAUUAUUCAGGCCUGUCUCUAGCAUCCUAAAACAUGUUAUCAUCUCAAGUCCGAAUUCUGUCAGAGCUAAAAGUUGUCGUUUUGAAGCACCCUACUAUGCUAAGCAGUUAGAAAUUGUCAAAAUUCUCAGAGUACUGCUCUCCAAAUGUGGAAAAGGUUCAGGCAUCAAUCUCAAAGAACUGCACUUUCUUCUUUUGUGUUCUUAUGGCGCAACUCUGAGCGAAAUUGACUUGGAGAUCUUCAAGCUGAUGCAUGAUAUCAAGUUGGUUGAUGCCGAACACACGCUGAAUGUUUCUGAAACAGAUUGUUUGUGGGGUAAAGCUGCAUUGAAAAUAAGAGAGGGACUGCGUUUCUCUCAAGAUGCAUCUUAUGUUGGUGAAUCUGAUUUUUUGGAAGAUGUCCGCCAGAGUCUUUUCAAAGAGAAUCUUUGUGUUGAUCCCAAAAUGUGUGCUCUAACUGUUUUGUUUUUUCCUUAUCAACGAACUACAGAGGUAUCGGAUAAUUUAUACCUAUAUGAUGAUCCAGUAAACGAGAAAUGUUCACCUGUUAUGGAGGACAUUGAACGCUACGAUCCGGUUUUCAUCUUGCGCAUCUCUAUAGACUCAUUGUCCAUGGGAUUUAUUGAACCUGUGGAAUUCGCCAGCUUAGGCUUGCUUGCAGUUGCAUUUGUGAGCAUGUCUUCAGCAGAUCUUGGGAUGAGAAAAUUGGGCUAUGAAACUCUUGAGAUAUAUCUUGAUGCCCUUGAGAGUUGUAGGAAAAACAAGCAUGUAACAGCGCUGCGGCUUCUGCUGAUGUAUGUACAAAAUGGGGUUGAGGAACCAUGGCAAAGAAUCCCAACUGUUUCUGCCAUUUUUGCCGCUGAGACAUCUCUGAUAUUCUUGGAUCCUUCUCACGAACAUUAUGUUCCCAUAAAUAAACUUUUGAAGAGCUCAUCUACACUGAAGCUGAGGGGAAUACCUUUGUUUCAUGAUUUUUUCUGGAGCAGCGCUGUUAACUUUAGGUCACAGAGAUUUUGGGUACUACGCCUAGUGUGUGCAGGCUUGAAAUCAGAUGAUGAUGCUCAAAUUUACAUCAGGAACUCCAUCCUCGAGACAGUGAUGAGUUUUUCCUCAUCCCCUCUUACUGAUGAUGAAACCAAAGGACUAAUCCUUCAGGUUGUAAGGAAGUCGGUCAAAUUCCAUAAGAUGUCUCGACAUCUAGUUGAAAACUGUGGUCUGUUUUCAUGGUGUUCAUCAUUUAUCUCAACGUUUACUACAAACCCCAUUGGAGACGAAGAUUUUUGCUUGGUAGCUGUCUUGGAGGUCAUAACUGAUGUUCUCGCCUCCAGAAACGUUACAGAGUGGUUGCAACGAUGUGGCCUUGAAGGGCUAAUGGAAUUCUCAUCGCGUUUAUACAGAAUUUUAGGUGGUGGAUUGGUAUCAGUACAAGAAAAUGAUACUUCAGUUGAUUUAAUUUUGCAGAUACUAUCUGCUACUCUAAAGAUUUCUCAGAAACGAAAAAUGUACCAGCCACAUUUCACCAUCACAAUUGAGGGAAUAUUCCAACUCUUUGAGGGUGUUGCUAAUUCUGGUUCUCCUCAAGUCGAAGCUAGUUCAGAGCGUGGGCUUAUUACUAUAUUAAUGAGCAUCCCACCAGUUGACAUAAUAGGCAUGGACGUGGACAAGUUGAGAAGGUUUCUUUUGUGGGCGACCUCCACAGCCUUAAAGAGUGACCAUACAAGGGUAUCAAAAUCUAGCGACUCUCAUCAAGAUUCUAAAAAACUCACUGAAGAACCACAAGAGGAGACUAUGGUAGUAAAGUUUCUACGCUGGCUGUUGGCUUCAGUGAUUCUUGGGAAGCUCUAUUCUAAAGCUAGUAAAGCUAAUCAUUCGGUCCCGACAGUCUUAAGUAAAACAAAGCCAGAAACUUUGUUGACAUUGUUAGACUACUUCAAAAAAAGGAAUGUCGAUGACAGCAUGGAAAAUUCAGAGCAAAUAAUAUGCGAAAUAAUCGUGUAUCUCCAAAAGCAUCUUCUGUGUAAAAACUACAGGGUUCUUCUUCCCUCUGUUGUAUUUGCACUAUCUCUCAUGCUUCUUCACAAUUACCUCGGGACGGAAGAUCUCAAUGGCGAUUACAAACUCAUCAAAUCGUUGUGCGCUAAAAUUAGCUGUCCUCCUGAGGCUAUUCCGGGCUGGAGAUGGUCAUAUUAUCAAGCGUGGUGGGAUCUUUCAUCGGAACAAGCCACAGAUCUGGACAAGAUCGGUGAACUUCAUGCGUGCCAACACCUUUUGCUGAUAUUCUCUGAUAUGCUUGGAGAAACGCCUCGGGAAUCUCUACAUAGAGAUUUUGACUUGUCCCAAGUAUUUGAAUGGGAGAGAAGUUUAGUUGAGACCUAGUCAUUACCUUUGUAGUACUGUAUCAUCUAAUUCAAACAGUUUUGUUAUAUCAAUGACAAAAGUUUUUAUUGAUUCAUUCACGUCGAACA